CAUAAAUCAGUGUGUAAAAGCUGAAAGGGAAAAGUAGAAAUACGACUCGAUGACUCAAAGGGAAGACGAACAUGUUUCCCCAACUGACAAGCAUGACAAAGAGACUGUUGUAAAUGUUUAAAAGACAUGGAGGAAAAACUGGGGAUUCCACGAAGGAUGGCAAGGCUAGGGUGGCCAAGACGACGAUGCCAGAGCUCCGAGCUACCGGUGACAACGUUGACUUGGGCCUGGGCUUGGGCGGUGGGCUGGCUCAUAGGGUAGAGUGGGCCGGCAUUACUGGACCGAUGAAUCACGGUUCUCGUCAGCAUAUCCUUCACAGAAAAACCAGUGGGGUCAAAUUCAAUAGAGCAAUUAUUGUCACGGGUAAACUGGCGAACAGAAAUAAGAUCAUCCGGGAGACCACGCAAGACUUGAAGAACCAAUUGUUGUUCGGAGACGGGGGCAUCUACAUCAUCCAACCAAUCCGCAAGAUUCCGGAGGGUUUGACAAUAAGCGGCAAUGGAGAGAGAACCCUUCGUGGUGGUGCGGAAUUGGUGCUCAAGUUGCAUCGCCCGGGCCGGCUUGUUGUCGUGGAAGAUGUUAUAGAUGGCUUUCCAAAGCUCGGAUGCAGAGUUGGUUGUGGAGAGAACAAGAUCACAAAUUUCAUCAUUGACCGUGGAGAGGAUCCAACCUUGUAUGAGGGCGUCAAGUUGGAACCAUUCCGAGUCAUCGGCGCUGGAGGGGGACGAUUUUCCGGUGAGAAAGUCACCGAGAGAGAACCUAUGAAUGAGAAGGAGGAAGAGUCGGCUCCACUUUUUGUAAUUGGGCUCAGAGAAGCUUAGGAGAAUCGGCACAUGGAGCUUCACGUUCGAGAUCGUCGUGAACGCCAAGUGCGGGGUUGGAGAAGAUGGCGUUGAGUCGGUCACGGAAGGCUUCUCAGACAUUGUGACCGAUGGGGGAGUUGCUCACCGUGGGGAGGG